AACACUGCAUAGCCUACCAUAUAGUCGACUCGACGGCAUGUAUCCACCUUUGCAACUGUGUCAUUCAUGUAUAGAGGUAAGCGCGAACGCGCCCGAGAGGGGAGGGGCUUGUGCGAGACGGGCAGGAUACCGAAGCCACAGUGUUUAGGCGAGACGAGAGAAGCUCGUGGAAAAAGGGAUGAGAGGUGCGACUCUCGAUGUAGCGGAAUAUCACUCAAACACCGGGAGGCUCGAAAAGUUGUGUGAAGUUUUCAGGCGACGGACGAGUGCGUGGCUUUUAGUGACCUUAAACAUACGAAAACAACGCAUAGUUAACGCACAUUGUUUGUUUAUUUUUUCAUUUCCAAAUAACAUGAGAAGAAGCCGACGAAUAGUGCGCUAGGCAAAUGUAAACAAAUUCAGGAAAAUGCAUUAUCGCUUCGGUUUGUUGUUAUCGAAUUUACUUGAGUAGUCGUGGACAAAUUCAACAGUUAGCUUUACAUUUUUCUAUUAUUAUAUUUCUAACUCGUUAAAAUGGCAGAACACGAAAGUUUGGAGUUCGGAAAGGCGGACUUUGUUCUUCUGGACAAUGUGUCUUUGGAAGAGUUUAUGGCCAACCUUAAACUCAGGUUUGAAAAGGGUCGUAUCUACAGCUACAUUGGAGAGGUGGUGGUGUCGGUUAACCCUUACCGUGCCAUGAACAUUUACGGGCGGGACACCAUCGAGCAAUACAAAGGCAGAGAGUUGUAUGAGCGACCGCCACAUCUUUUCGCCAUCGCUGAUGCUGCGUACAAAGCCAUGAAGAGGAGGAACAAAGACACUUGCAUUGUUAUAUCAGGGGAGAGCGGAGCUGGAAAAACAGAGGCUAGUAAAUACAUUAUGCAAUAUAUCGCUGCUAUCACUAAUCCCAGCCAAAGAGCAGAGGUGGAGAGGGUGAAAAACAUGCUGCUGAAGUCCAACUGUGUCCUGGAGGCUUUUGGGAAUGCCAAGACCAACCGCAAUGAUAACUCCAGCCGUUUUGGCAAGUACAUGGAUAUCAACUUUGAUUUUAAGGGAGACCCCAUUGGCGGCCAUAUCAACAACUACCUGCUUGAGAAGUCUCGAGUGAUUUUUCAGCAGGAAGGAGAGAGGAGUUUCCACUCUUUCUACCAGCUGGUGAAAGGAGCUCCAGAUCCUCAGCUGCGGUCUCUGCACAUUCAGAAAGAUCCCACCGCAUACACCUACAUUAAAGUUGGAGGCCAGAUAAAGCAGUCGUCUAUAAAUGACAGUGCUGAUUUUAAAGCUGUAGCUGAUGCCAUGAAAGUCAUUGGCUUUACUGUUGAGGAGAUUCAGACAGUCUACAAGAUCCUGGCUACCAUCUUGCAUCUGGGAAAUCUGAAGUUUGGAAGUGAUGGAGAUGUGACUCUCAUUGAGAACUCUAAACUAGUGUCAGUGCUGGGGGAUCUGCUGUCUACCAAAGAGGAGAAUGUAGAGAAGGCUAUGCUCUAUCGCACUGUGGCCACCGGUCGUGAUGUCAUUGACAAGCAGCAUACUCAUCAAGAGGCCAGUUAUGGUCGUGAUGCCUUGGCCAAGGCCAUUUAUGAGCGUCUUUUCUGUUGGAUUGUGGGAAGAAUCAAUGACGUCAUUGAGGUGAAAAACUAUGACGCCAGGGUUCAUGGGAAGAACACAGUCAUUGGAGUCCUGGACAUCUAUGGCUUUGAGAUCUUUCAGAAUAACAGCUUCGAGCAGUUCUGUAUAAACUACUGUAAUGAAAAACUACAGCAGCUCUUCAUUCAACUGGUGUUGAAGCAAGAACAGGAAGAAUAUCAGCGAGAGGGCAUCCCCUGGAAACAUAUUGACUACUUUAACAAUCAGAUCAUUGUGGAUCUGGUGGAACAGCAGCAUAAGGGCAUUUUUGCUGUCCUGGAUGAGGCGUGCAUGAACGUGGGGAAGGUGACGGAUGAGAUGUUCCUGCAGGCUCUCAAUGGAAAACUGGCGAAACAUGCCCACUACACCAGCCGCAAGCUUUCUCCCACAGACAAAAACCUGGAGUUUGACCGAGACUUCCGCAUCCGUCAUUAUGCUGGAGAUGUGGCUUACUCCGUUGUGGGCUUCAUUGACAAGAACAAGGACACCUUGUUUCAGGACUUCAAGAGGUUACUUUACAACAGCUCGAAUCCUGUGCUAAAGGCCAUGUGGCCAGAGGGCAAGCUGAGCAUCACAGAGGUCACCAAACGACCUUUGACUGCUGCAACACUCUUUAAAAACUCCAUGAUCUCUUUGGUGGAGAACCUGGCCAGCAAGGAGCCAUACUAUGUGCGUUGCAUAAAGCCAAAUGAUGUGAAGUCACCGCUGCUGUUUGAACACGAACGGUGCAAGCACCAAGUGGAGUAUCUGGGCCUCCUGGAGAAUGUCCGGGUACGGCGAGCUGGCUUUGCUAACCGACAGACCUACCCACGAUUCCUUCAGAGGUAUAAGAUGAUCUCCGAGUUCACCUGGCCCAAUCACGACCUGCCGUCUGAUAAGGAGGCGGUGAAACGUCUCCUACAGGGCUGCGGAUUCGACCAUGACGUGGCCUACGGCAAGACCAAAGUUUUCAUCCGUACUCCCCGAACCAUCUUCAGCCUGGAGGAGCAGAGAGCAGAGAUGGUGAAGAGGAUCGUCCUCUUUCUGCAAAAGGUGUGGCGUGGAACACUGGCGAGAAGGCGUUACCGCCGCAUGCGUGCCGCUCUUAUCAUCAUCCAGGCGUACAGACGAUACAAGGUUAAGUCAUACAUCCGAGAGGUCAACCGCCGCUUCAAAAAUGUCCGUGGCAUGAAGGAUCAUGGUAAACAUGUGAAAUGGCCCACACCGCCCAAGGUCUUGCGGAAGUUUGAGGAGGCGCUGAGGAACAUCUACAACAGAUGGUGGGCCUGGACGCUAAUUAAAGGCCUGUCUCCAGAGGAGAUGAUGCAGGUCAGGGCUAAAGUGGCCACAUUGGAGUGCCUGAAGGGGCAGAGAGCAGAUCUAGGACUGCAGAGAGCCUGGGAGGGCAACUACCUGAAAAGGGACAGUCCUGGGACAGCAUCUUCUUUCACUCUGGUGUCCAGUGAUCUGCAGAGGAAAGAUAAGUUCAUGAGGAUCCUCUUCUCCUGCAAUGUCCGCAAAAUCAAUCGCUUCAAUAAAGCAGAGGACCGAGCAUUGCUCAUCACUGAUCGCCACCUCUACAAAAUGGACCCUGUCAAGCAGUACAAGCCCAUGAAGAGCAUCCCACUCUAUAAUGUGACCGGAAUGAGCGUUUCCCCUGGGAAGGACCAGCUGGUCGUCUUCCACACCAAAGACAACCAGGACCUAAUCGUGUGCUUGCAAGGCAUGGUGCCAGCAGGGGACAGCCGCAUCGGAGAGCUGGUGGGGACCAUGUUCAGCCAUUUCAAAAGUGAGAAGAGGAAGCUACAAGUGAACAUCCUCAGCCCCAUUCACUGCAGUAUGAAUGGGAGGAAGUGCACUGUCAUUGUGGAAACCAAGAUCAACCAAUCACAGCCAGACUUCACCAAGAGCCGAUCAGGAUACAUUCUCUCAGUGCCAGGCAACUAGAGGGCCCGGGGAUCCAAGACGAUCCCUUUAACAGGACAUUGACAGAAGGGUAUCUUUUUUGUGCUAGUCAAAAACUUUUGUGUUGAACCUCAGAAAUGAAGCCAUACCAAAUUUGCCUAAAGACAGGCAAGGCAGAAUAUUUAAUUUAAUUAAUCCUUAAAUUCCAAACUUCAGUUUAUAUUAUUUCCAAGAUGACAAGGAGGUAGUGAGAUAGACCCUCGAAGAUGAUUUACUAGACCCGGCUCUGUGUAUUUAUUAAACAUUACACCAAAUGAUGGGUAAUCAUAAAUGUAAUAUUUAUGAGAAACAGUAUCUUGCUUGUGUUUUGAGGUUUUUCCUUGAAAGGAAAUAUGUUGGUUUUUGAUCAUUGCUUCAUGCGGGAUGAAGAACAGCUCUGCUUGAGUCUCGACGUAUUGCACAGAUCAUAAGCAGUCCUGCGGUUGCUGCUGAAUUUGAUCAGAUGUUCUUAAGGGGGAUGUGUUGAUCAUAUCCUUAAACUCAUCAACUGCUCUUAGAGGAGCUUUAAACUCUCUAAUUUAAACCAUUCUAUUUUUCUGCAUAUAGCUGAUCAUUUAUAGCACAUUGUAUACCGAUACUGUCAUAUUUGAUAUAGCUUAUGUAAUGUACUGUAUGCACUAUAUAUAUAGUGCAUAUAAAAUGUAGGUAGGCGGAGAACUGUCAUUUAUUCACAUAUAUCUUGGAGUAGAAUCAGAUGGGGCGGCACAGAGCAGGAAGUGAUGGUGACUGUUAUUUUCAGUUGCAAUUUUAUUUAAUAAUAGACCGUGCCACCAAUAGUGGUCCCUUUAGUCCUCCACUCACCCUCACUGGUUUAUAGAAAAAGUCAUUUCUGACUUUUCUGUACUGAUAAAGCCAUUCAAAAUUUUGUUUUUGACUAAACAAAAAAAAAAUGUUUACAAAGACUGAAUUUAAAGUAGUCGCCAUUUUACACAAGCCAAAAAUGCAUUUGUCACCAAAAAACACUAGAUAAUGAAAAUCCUCCAAACUAUUAAGUCAUCAUUUUUUGAAGAACAGGCAACCAGUUGUUCAGUUAGGUUCUAUUUUUAGUAAAAAAAAAAAGGCACAAUUGAGUAACACAGCAAACAGCAAGUAUUGAUAUUAUGAACUUGCACAUUUAUGAGUUCAAAUAAGAGAGAAAGAGAGCAGUAUUGAUUCAUAGAACAACAUCUACCGAGUUCUGAGUGGAAACUCCCAAGAUGUCUGACCCAGUUUGAAGUUUUCACAACUGACAAAGAAAGUGCCAAACUGAAAACUGACUGCCAUUCUUCAUUUUUAAGCAGGUGUUUGCAUACAUUUGUUUUCCCAUAAUUGUUUAAUUGUUUUGUUCAUUGCUAGUAGCUAGAGAUCUUUUUUAUCAGUUAAUUAGGAUCGUUUCUCGUGGCCAAAAAUAUCACUAAGCUUCUAUCAGUAGUGUCAGGGAUGUUCUACUGCAUGUGAUGGGAUAAAGUGGGGUAAAUUGGAUUCGUUGGCGAGUUGUGUGUGAGCCACGACUACUGAUUCAUCCUGGAUAGAAUAUCUAUUGCAUGUGAACAUUGAUCACAUAAUCUCCAUUUUGCUUGUCUGCUUUAAAAUGCUUUUGCAUAAGAAGGAAUAUUUAUGUUUUGUCCAUUUUCCUCUUCCUCAGUCCCUGAUCACUCUCUUGACUAUUAGCCUGGAUUGGUAAAGUGUGUCAGUAAAAGCAUGAAAACAUAGUACUGUCGUACAACUCCGUUUUUUACCUCAAUAGUUAAAAGCAAGGAUAUGAACACAAUAAAUGGACUAGUUUUUUCUGAAAGUUUAAAAGGUCUAUUUCUCUUGAAUCACACUCUAAAUCUGACAGAAACCUACUGACAAUGUCUAAAUGAUCUUUUACCUUGAUAAUAGGAGUUAUAUGAUUGUUCAUUUGCAUACAAUCCAGCCCAUUUUGUGGAUAGAGCAGUCUGCUUUGUUUUGGCAGUGAUAGAUGACAAUAAAUGACGGUUUUAUAAUAUAUCAUUUUUUUUUCUUCUUGUCGUGAUCCCCAGUGAUUCCAAGUGCCGAAUAAUUUCAGUUCCCAGUUUUUUUUUAUUUUCUAUUAGCCUGAUCUGAUCAAAUGAUGUGCCUAAUUUUUAUAUUUCUCUUAUUUAAUUAAUAUAUUUUAAAAUGUUGGAAUGCUUGGACCAAAUCAAAAAGGGAAUCCAGUUUAUAGUGUUUGUUUAAAAAAAGCUUGUUUUCAUAUGUAUAUUAAUGCAAUAAUUAACCAUUACUAACUUGCAGAAACGAAUAUUAUUAUAUGGAAACCAAACAAGUACGCUUUAAAAAUGAAUUAUAUUGCAUAUAAAUCUUAGUACUGAUUUAUGUUUGUUUUUUUAAUCAAAUUAACGCUGUACCAAAUAUCUGCUCAUGCAAAUAAACAUGCCCUUGAAGUGUCUACUCUGAGGCUUUUGCUCCAUCA